AUGGAAGCCCAACAAGAUGGAACAGACCACGAUGAGGUUAUCACCCGUUUUAUCGGCAUCACAGGUGCCGAAGAAAACAUUUCCAAAAGUUUGCUUGAAGCAUGCAACUGGGACGUAGAGAUGGCCGUCAAUAUGUUCUGCGACUCCAAUUUCUCAGCUUCCACUUCAAACUCUGCAUCCACUUCAGAAAGAGCUCGGAACAAUCCUGAUCAGGCCAUAGCAGCUGAACCAAUGAACACAGAUGCUGAAGUUCGACCACCCAUACCUCCUGUUCGUCAGGUUUUGGUUGACGACUAUCAGGGAAACCCUUAUAGUUAUCGCCGCAACAACUUUGACGGUUUUCGCAACUACGAGCAAGAGACACGGUGGCAAGAACAACGUUUAAUGGAAGAAAGUGCUGGUCCGUCUUCAUCUUCUUCUGAAAACACUAGGAGCAAAACUUUUGAAGAUCUCUUUCGUCCUCCACUUGAUCUGAUUUACAGAGGAAACUUCGAUAUGGCAAAAUUCGAAGGUCAACGAAAGAAUAUGUGGCUAAUGGUCAAUAUUCAAAAUCCUCAAGAGUUUGCUUGCCAAGUUCUUAAUCGCGAUGUUUGGAGUAAUUCAACUGUAAAGAGCAUCUUGAAAGAGCACUUUAUUUUUUGGCAGAGCUAUAACAAUACUACAGAGGGCCAAAAGUAUAUUAAUUUUUACAACGUCGCCACAUUUCCCUAUGUCUCAAUUGUGGAUCCAAGAACUGGCGAAAAGAUGAUUAGCUGGCACGAAGUUGAUACAAUUUCUUUUUGCGAAAAAGUGACUCAAUUUCUUCUGGAACACCCUAGCCCAGGCCCAAAAGACUCAACUAAGCCUCUAAUUUUGCCCGAAGUAAAAAACAAGCCUUCAAAAGAAAGCUUUGAAGCUAAGCAAAUAAAAGCGGCAAUUAAAGCCUCUUUGGAUAAGGGCCACAGCAGUUCAGACGAUUCUAUUUCAAGUACGGACGAUUCGGACGAUGAUGCCUACGAAACACCGUCCCAAGCUGAGAACGAGAAAGAGGACUGGAAGAAUUUCUUGGGCAGCGAUGACAGUCCUAAAGUGGAAAUCGUCAUUCGCUAUCCUAAUGGAGACCGCGAAAAUGUCAUUUUCCCCUCUUCGUCAAAAAUGAAGGCUUUAUUGCUCUAUGUGGCAGAAAAGGGCUUCAACAUGGAAGAGUACGAUUUAAUUACUAAUUUUCCAAAGAAGAACCUAAGUUCAGUUAACGAAGAUGAAACUUUGGAAAAAGCAGGUAUUCAUUCCAGAGAUCUUUUGUAUGUACAGAUGAAGCAUUAG